AUGCCCCGUGCUUCCCUGCUCGUCUUCAUCGCAGCUGCUGUCUUUGCCCUUUUCGCCAUACUAGCAUCCUACACUACACUCUUCGCCAGCAUCACAGCCAGCCCCCCACUGCGAACCCACUUCCUGCGCACCAUGGUUAACUCUUCCAGCCUCGGAGACGUCUACUUUCUGUCCCACGGUGGCCCACCCUCGGUGGAGCAGACCGAAUCACCGCCCUACAAGGCAUGGCGCAAGUUUGGCAAGACCAUUACAGCCAACCCACCCAAGGGUAUCGUUGUGGUCUCUGCCCAUUGGGAGAGUGACCAGGGUUUAAAUACAGUCAACAGCAACAUCUUGAAUCCCCUCAUCUACGACUUUUAUGGUUUCCCUAAGCACUUCUAUCAGCUCAAAUUUGCUUCCAAGGCCGAUCCGGAGCUACAAGAGAAGGUCGUGGGCGCUCUCAAGGAAGGUGGGAUCCCUUUGAGCAGAGCGGAUAGGGGUUUGGACCAUGGUGUCUGGAUCCCUUUCAAAGCAGCCUUCGGUGAAGACACCACAUUUCCUCUUGUACAAGUAUCUCUCCCCGCCUCUGCCGACCCUGUGGAAUCGAUCAAACUUGGUCAAGCUUUGAGCAAGCUGCGAGCCCAGGGAUACGCUAUCGUGGGAACCGGUCAAGUUGUACACAACUUACGCGAUCUUUGUGAGUUUAAUCUGGAUUUAGAUAAGCUGAGCUCUACUGAGAUGCUCCUAGUCAGCGGGAAAGGCCUGCCCUACACCGGACCAUUUUUGAAAGACACCUCCAAGGCACUCUCCAGCUCCGACUAUGUCUCCGCGACUCUCGACCUCACCAAGCACCCACUUUACAAGAAGGCGCACCCUACAGACGAGCACUUCUUCCCUUUGCUGGUCGCUGUCGGUGCUACAAGCUCCAGUGACCAGAUUGAAGAGAUCUACAAGGGUGUGGUGGACAUUGGUGGGCGCACUGUAGAGAAUGAUGGGCUAGGCUGGGGUAUGUGGCGCUGGACAUCGGCGGCUUAG